CGAACGCCCACGACGAGUUCAACCUGUUAGCCAGACACGAUCAGAGACCACCUCCUCGUGUACUUCGUCCUGGACCUGCUCUUUCACCGGUUCAAAGAAGACUCAUCUAUAAACAACCCGCAUCUCCGAUGGUCACCACAAACUUUGCGGAUCACUUCGACGGGUGCUCCUUCAUCUACGAAGAUGACCGCACAGCCAUCGCAAAUGAGCAUGCGAUGGACAAGAAAAGCCUUCCGAUCAGGCAACAGCCCAGAGACCGAGGGACUCCAGCCCUGGAUCAGCACGAGAACAUCCGCGCGUGGCUGUCCGGGGUCGUCGUCGAUGAGGAGAGCAAGCCCCUCGUCACGGAUGUGUUUUCCGCACUCAGCAACCUACCGAACGCAGACCUCGCUCACUUGCAGGGCGGGGGUCACCCGCCGAGGGACCAGCCGCAGCAGGGGCGAGCAAACGUGAAGGUGCACACGAUGGGCCCGGGGUUCAUCGGGAGGUCUCCGCCGUUCGGGUCGUCCGAGUUCCUCGCCAACAUGGUCCUGGUGGCAAUCCUCCUGCUGUUCGCGCCGGGAUUCACCAUCUUGGCGGCGGGCGUGUUUGUGACUUCGCGCGUCGCCGAGCGGUGGGUUGGUCAGGACCAAUGAGUGCGGCAAAUGCGUUUUGACGUGAGGAAUGUUCGUGACGAAUUUGGACGGCUUUAUGAAACUUACGUGAUGAAUGUGGCGAGGGCACGCAUGCAAGACUUAAUAUAUCUGAGCAUCACGAGGAAUGUAUUCUUUAGGAAUGAAAUGAAACAUCAACAACCACCGAUUAUGCAAUGGAAGUUACAAGGCUUUCACAAUGAAUUGUAUUCAAGGGUUGGCUGCUCGUUUGAUUUUCGGGUAUUUACGGAUAUAUGGCU